AGCGGCUGCCGCGCGCACCAUGCUUCUUCUUUUGUUUUGGGGCGCAGCGCUCGGGGUGACCUCUGCGCUGCCGUCCAUGAGAGAUAGCCUCACCAACCCGGUGCACGUGUACGAAGGGGACGACGCCCUGAUAACAUGCGUCGUCAAGGACAUCGGUCCGAACACGGUGAUGUGGAAGAAGGAAGAAAGGGAGAGACACAGCACCCUGGUUCUCACAGCCGGUGAGAACCGGGUCACGGCCGAUAAGAGGUUUGGCGUCCUGCAUGAUUCAGAUGUUUCAGAUGGGUCCUCUGAACUACCAUCCGGUGGAGAUGUCUGGGUGCUUGUCAUAAAAACUGCCAAGCCCACGGAUUCCGGAGUAUACGUAUGUGAAGUGAACAGCAGCCCCAUCGUCAGGAGUUUUCACAAACUUAGUGUUCUGUCAAAGGCCAUGCUACCUCCUAACAACUCUACGGAAAUGAUGCCACAGUUUGAAGAUUCAAGGCAAAGCUUCAGCAGCAGAAAUCAUAAUUACACAGACUGUUGCAUGGGGAAGAAUGUCUCUUCGGUUUGUCUGGGCUUCUGCAAUAUACAGAGUAUUUUGGAAGGAACGACUGGCCAGGAUCCUGAGCAAUGCGAAACGGACUUCCCGGCGAUAGUGAACUGCAUGGCUGACGGCAGGAACCACAUCCCCUGCUGCAUUCAGGAGAGGGUGCCCGAUAUCUGCCAGGACGUCUGUCGGGGGGAGUACACCGCGAUAACCGACAAUAUUAAAACACACUUCUCCUGCUCUUCCUAUACAGAACAAACUUUGGCGUGUAUUGUCGAAGGAAUAGAACUGUUACCAAGUCCACCCGAUAACGUGGAAGUGGAAGCUUUGACAGAAAAAUCGCUCAAAGUGGAAUGGUCCUACCCUCUCUCGAAUUCAGAAUCUGUCAGCAUGUACAAGGUCAACGUUACGUCAUUGCGAAGUUUCGACGAUCGCCUUUUGGAAACAGAUGAGGCUAUCCCCAAGACCAAUAGUAGUUCCACCACACACACGGUAACAGUAACAGUUCCUGGUAACCAGAGGAUGACCAUCCUUCAGGACCUGAUGCCUUUCACCAUGUACGAAAUCACAGUGACGGCAUUCAACAACCACGGGUCCAGCCUGCCGAGCUACUCCGUCCGAUCACUCACCCUCACGCCCGGAAACAUGAAGCCCACGAUCGUCGGCGAAGCCCCCCAACUACCGGACAUACGCAGCUGCUGCGCCAACCGAGGCAUCGGCCACAAGACGUGCGUCAACAAGCUGUGCGAUCCCUCGGCUGCCGCAACGGCCGAAAUCACCGACUUGAUGAUCUGCGCCCCUUGGGCGGCCGACACCUUCGGCUGCCUCACCAACGGCUUGGACCACACGCCCUGCUGCAGGGCCAGGGGGCUGCCGGACAUCUGCCAGCAGCUGUGCACGGGCAACGUCUCCAGCAUAGAUUUCAACUACUUCAAAUGCCUCCGAUACAUGGGAGAGUAUACCAACUGCCUCCUCCAAGGCUAUGGUGUCCUACCAAGUGCCCCGACCCAGGUCCACAUAACCAACAUAGAAAUAGAGUUUGCGGUGCUACAUUGGGCGCCUCCCAAAACUCUGGGCGAUACUGUCCUCUAUUAUAAUGUCCACAUCCGCAUGGUUUCCGAUGAGAUGGAAGAAUACAGGGCCAUAACAAAGGUGCAUAGUCCGUACAUUCUGGAAAGUUUGGAAAGCGAGACGGACUACGAGGUGUAUGUGGAGGCUGUGAAUACUCAUGGCGUGGGGAUGCCUAGCAGUAGGCUUACCUUCAGGACUGAUAGCUUGAUCGAAGAAGAGAAGAUAGAAGAAGCUACAGCCUCAGCAUACAACGUAACCGCAUGCUGUAUAGAUGCUCAUCUCAGUACUGUCUGCCUUCCCCUGUGCUCAUAUGAUGCCAAAAUGACAGAUAUUAAGCUUCUGGCUGGAGUUUGCGGUGGGGAAUUCCACAAGAUCCUACGAUGCGGAGCUGGAGGCAGAAACCACGGUACAUGUUGCAGCAGACGCGGUGUCCCACCAAAUUGUCUGUCGCUUUGCUCAGGUGUCAUACUCGAUUCCCUUUUAGUAACGGCAACAACCUGCGUUCCUUACAUAGGGAAUAUCGCCCAGUGUUUCGAGGAAGGAACCGGAAAUCUUCCUGGUCCCGUUUCCGCAUUACAUGGGGUUGUGGUGGACGAACACAGUAUUCUUCUUGAAUGGAAUCCCCCUGAAAAUUCUACUAAUGUCACCGACUAUGUCAUACAUUACCAGAAAGUAGAUAAUACGUCGAUGCACGAGACUUUAUUAAAACUAGAUAACCAAAUGAACAUAACCAGUACCACAGCGACCAUCACCGGCUUAGAAGAAAACCAUAUGUACCACAUUUUUGUGGUAGCUCGUAAUGAAUACGGUACAUCUUUGCCUUCCUCCAUCAUAGUCAUAAACCUAGUCAAAUCGGACCAAAGCAAAUGGGUCAACGGGGUGACGUCCCCUCCCCAUUCCCUAGCGGUGGCCAGUCACAGCGCCACUUGGGUCACCAUCACUUGGCAACCACCGGAAUUCAGUCAUCCCUCGGAAAUUAUAACCUACAAGUUAUAUCACAAAUCCACGUCCGAAGAUCAGUUCCAUAUCAAAAACUGUACAAUCACCUCUUAUAUGAUAGGCAGUUUGAACCCCAACACCCAGUAUAUUGUUUACGUUCAAGCAGUGACAGAUAAAGGUGUCAGUAUGCCUUCUGAAACUCUUAUCGCUUGGACCGAUCCUGCCUAUCCGGCGUUCGUAGAGCCGCCAACCGUGCACCCCAUCAACUUAGUCAUAGAAGGAAGCAGUAUGACCAUCCUCUGCAUAGCCAUGGGCACUCCCAUGCCCACCAUUUCCCUGUACAUUUCCGGACGGCUCGUGAGACAAGAAACGACGAGACACAUGGUUACGGUCAUACACAACGUCACCAAAGAUAUGGACCAGAUUUCGUGCUAUGCCGACAAUGGGUAUGGCACUCCCAUGCAGGCGUCGAGAAAAAUUACCAUAAGUCAUGGACCUCACAUCCAGGCGAGCGGCAUCACGAUGACAACCCUGGGAGACUCGGUCACCUUAGAAUGCAGGGUGGAGGCUCAACCAGAACCAAAGAUGAUAUUCUGGAGGAACCACGAAGAGAGAACGCCAGUCAUCCAAGGGGGAAAAUACGACAUAAGCGCUAGACCGAUGAAAGACGAGGAGGACAAGUACCUCAUGCAGCUAACCAUCAAGCAGAUAUCAGACGUGGACGUUGGCGAAUACUACUGCCACGCCGAAAACGCCUUUGGUAGCUCCACACAACCCGUGUCGGUUAGGAUAAGGAACUUGGCGGCUGUCAAUAACGUGACUCAGUGCUGUAUCGAACAGAAUGUGACUUCGACUUGCAUGGACGCUUGUUCAUUCCAUGUAGACAUGGAUGCGGUUAUCGAUAAACCGGAAUGUAUCCAAGAUUUCGAUAAGUUGAUGAAAUGCGCAGCUGACGGCUCGGACCACCGAAGUUGUUGUGCGCACGUCAACGUGCCCAGAAGGUGCUUGGAUUGGUGUAGGGGCGAGCCUAUUUUGAACAGCAAGGCGUGCAUUUUGAGUUAUACCAAGCAGAUUAUGAGCUGCUUCCACGAAGGAAGGGAAAACCUUCCAGGCCCACCGCAAAAUGUUCGUGUGGAGUUCAUAGACGCUCACUCUGUCUACAUACUGUGGGACCCACCAUUGAAAAAUCCUCAUACUGUGGAACAAUACCGAGUCUUGUGGAAACCCAUCGAUGUCUCAAAUAGUCACAGGCAAAAAAUCGACACUGCUGAUACCAGGCUGAAACUACCUGAUCUUAAAGCUGGAACAACUUACGAAGCGUUUGUGAAGGCCGGAAACAGCAAGGGUACUUCCCUACACUCCGAGACCUUAAAGUUCACCAUGGGCGAUAAAUACGUUACUUCCGCUGCCAGCCAGGACGGCCAAGAUGGUCAUGUCGGAGUCGUGGUGGCCGUAAUUCUAGCUCUGGUUGUUGUAGCGGCCAUAUUCGCUGCCGCCGUAUGGUUUGUGAGGACUAAAAAGAUGUUAGGAGUCAAGAAUUCUAACGGUAUCGCAUUCGAAAACCCGAGCUACCUGAGGGAAGUCAAUAUGGAUCAUAUUCAGGUACCGCAAGGCCAAACCGACUCCGCACCCAUUCCAAACGGCACCGCUAACGGCAUUGCCGUGUCCUCCGCUUCCGGAGGACAAGGCUGGAAAAACGAGGCGCUCCACGUCCCCGCCCAGCAAGAAGUCAACCCGACGCUGUACGAGGAGCUCAAGUUAGGUCAGGAUGGAGCCGGCUUCAAACGUUUGAAACCCUAGUAUGAGGGUUCGCAAGACCAAGGCAUCGAGUCUAGGUUCUAAAGAUAUUUUGUCACAUAUUGUGAUAGUGAUAGUAAAUAAUUUAGGAUACCCGAAAGUAAUUUCUGACCUGUUUAUUUUUUUUUUCGGUACGUUGGAUUCAGUUAUGGGAGGUUUGUAGCCUAACCUUGGAAAUUGCUUUUAGGAUCCACCCCUGCAGUAAAUACAAAAUAGGUAUUGUACAAUUUUUAUUUAACGUUUACGCAAUACCUCAGUAGGUUAAUUUAAUUUAAGUUUUUAAAAAAUGUGAUUUAUAAUUUAAAAAAAGGAAUAUUAAUAAUGGGAUAUUGGACAUACAUAGCUAAGUAGAGAGAUAUACAUAUAGAUAACAUUUUAUAAUGUAUUUGCACACUGUAUAGAAUUAAAGAUAAGGAUAAAAUAUCGAUAAAAAAAAAACGUAGGGUAAAAUAUCUGUAAUACAUGGACUGAAUGUAUAAAAGAUGAUUUUCAGUUUUCCGAGCUCGAAACGUCUUACGAUAUGGUCUAGUAAAUAUUAUCUGUGCAUUUUUUAUGUAUAUAAAUAGGGCCCCGCCCAUAACAAUUAGAACAAGCAGUUUAAACUACUUUUGCAUGACGUACAUUACUGAUACAGGGUGUCCAGCAAGUGGCGCGUAAUCUCUCGAAAUUAGAUAGCACUUGCAAAAAUAACGUAGCAAGUUCAUAUACAUGGUGAUUCAGAACUUAUCCAAAAACAAUUUUUUAUUGAUAUACAUGGGACUUGCAAAUACAAUUUUGUAAAGAAGAAA